UCCCGCACGCACACAGCCGCGGCAGGCGGGAGUCGACAGGCGCAGCUCGGGCCACUGGCGGGCGAGCUUUCCCGCCGCGAGGACCUCCGAGCCGGGGCUCGUCGCCGGCGCUCGCAAACCACUUGUUGAAUCUAACAGACUUUUCAUACCUCAACCGAACUCGCUCGAGUCACGUCGCGCGUGUUGCCACUACUCGCCGUGUCCGGUCUCUCCUGGUUUCGUUUCGUUUCGGUUAGUUACAUUGUACUUCUGAGCUGAUCUCGAGCUACCUGUGAUGCCUACUCUUCGCUUCCUCUCUGCCUUCUCUUCACUCCCACAUACGCUUGGUUUCGUCUUCCUGUCAGUGUUAUUAUUGUUACGGACGGCUCUCUCAGUAACAUAAUACUGGGCGCGUUGUAACUUGUUGUAACUUUUGAGAUAUUUAGAAACUGUUGUUGAUACUCGCAUCUGUGUUACCUGUUGACUACUUACUUAUUAUAUUAGAGAAUUCUGAAUUAAAUAAAUAUAUAUACGUCGCUGUAAAAUUGUAAAAUCGUUCGUUAUAUCGUGGAUCCUUGCUGAGUACAGAUAAUGGGGUGCGUCACAACACACUAAGUAGAUGUUUGAACGUAAUGAGAAGAACGCGAAUUGAUCAACAUUAACAAUCAAAGUUGUUAUUGAUGCAGCAACAGACAAUAUUGAAGAGGAAUCUGGUGAUAUAUAUUAAGCAAAAUUACGUGAUACCGUGUGGUUUUGCUGUUUGUAGCAAAUUCGGUGAUUGGCAAACAAAAAAAAAUAUUCAAAAUUGAUGUGCAAAGUGUUUGAUGUGAUAAUUGUAUGUGGGAAUAACCCUCAGUUAGUCCUGACCUAAUGACCCGGCUUUCGACAUGCCUCAGUCCCCCUCACCUCGUCUGCGCCAUUACAGGACUAUGACAGCAAUAUGUUUCGUUUGCAACCUACCGAUACUGUCGCAUCAAGUUGGAUUGGUUUGGGCUGGAGGCAACGGCUGGGACGAGCUUACACGAUCUACUUUAGAAGAAUCAACUUUGAGACAAAGACUGGGCAGUCGAAGGGAUUCGGCGGCACAAGUGUCUUGCCUGUCACCACCAGAACCCGACGUCGAGAAUCAACCCAGAGGUGGGCCCCGACGCCGCCGCUCCUCUUUGGCUCAAUUAACCGAUAUUCUACGCGAGUGGGGUGGCGGGGGCAGUGCGCCUCGACGCCAAAGGGCCCCGCUCUCCCGACGAGAGACCCUGGCGGACCUCGCCCGCUCCCUACCUUGGGCGCGGCACGAGCAGCCACUGAGGCGGCGUCGCGACUCUUCAGCCGACUCUGGCAUCAAAUCCAUGGCUUCCAAACGACGCGAUUCCAAAGCGGCACCUCAAGAUUUUCGGGCUGAUUUCCCAAAUUGGGACCGGAAAGACUCAAUAACCGUUAUGCCAGCGAGAGAAAGACGCAUCAAAAGACGUGGUUCUGAGGAAACUAAGGAACGCAGAGACUCCGUAGAUGGGCAUCGGCAUCGCCGUGAUUCCGUUGUAGCUCCGCCACGUAUAGUGGCUACCCAAAGGAAAAGGCGAACAUCGCCACCAACCCCUGCUCCACCUUCCUUUGUUGAUGCGUCCUCUGAUCCUGGACCUUCAUCGCAUAUGCCGUGUGUAACUGUGGUAGCUAUCCAUGAACCCAGCCGAUCCGAUGGAGAAUGUCAACCUACAAUGACAAUGCCUACCAUAAUUACAUCUGCUGUGACACCCUCACCUACAUCACCUACGCCACCUAAUAGUAGUGCUACCCAAACAGCACAAACGUCGCAGACGACACAGUCUGCUCAAGCAACACAAGUCACACCCGGUGGCCGUUCUCCUCCAAACUUAGGUGGACGUAGAGACUCUACUACCCAAUGUGGUCGAGCUCGCAGAGAUUCUCGAGCUGCGGCCAGCCCAACAAGACUUGGAAGACUGCAACGUCAAGCUACUGCCUUUGACGAUCCAAUAGGGCCACCUGGUACCAGGCGAAGGGAUUCAGGACCCUCCUUAGGACCUGAUGAUGAAGGAAGGGCUCGAAGAGAUUCUUUGAGUCCCGAUUCUGCGGUACGACCGAGACGAGAGCGAUCUCAACUAAGCCCAGAUCGAGCUGGUGGUGGAGAGUUAAGCCCAUCAGCAGCGAGAAGACGAAGCCGACUAAGAAGACAAGCCUCGUGUGCCAGGAUGGGCCGAGCUAGGAGUCCAGAAUCAAGCUCUUGCUCCAGCCGAGACCCGAGUCCUUGCGCUCGGCCACCUGAGAGGACAAUGAUUCGAAGACAAUCUACAACUGAAGAAAUCUUAAUAGCUCGGGGCUUUCGACGGCAAUCGACUACUGAGGAGAUGAUCAGAUGUAGAAACUUUCGGCGACAAAGCUCACAAAGUGAUGACGCAUGCAUGCGUGCACGAGGUCGCAGAGAUUCGUCCACACAAAUACUAGAUGGAACUAUUGGAACCAUGACUGUAGAAACUACCAGCACCUUCUUCGAUUCCAGCACGCAAACUGAACCCUCUCCGCUGUACGACAACAACCAUUACCACGAGGAGUGUCUUCGCUGCAACUCCUGUGGGCUGAACCUCACUGGACCCAAUCAGAAACGUGCUCGCCGCUUCAAAAACCAAAUCCUGUGCGACCUGCACUUUGCUGACGUGGCGCUGAUGGAGUGCAGCGACUUCAUGCAGCAGCUGCGCAGCUUUAAACCCCAGUCCCUGGGCUGCGCCGUCGCCAGGCGCAAGUCUUCCACCACACUCAUAUUCCCGCUGCCUCCACAAGCCUGCUCAGAUGAAUUCUGCGAAGAGUACCCGCACAGUUUGAUCCCGACGCCUGGCUACUGGAUCGAGUGCUCACGCCAGAAGAUUGCUACAGACACAAUCUGGGACGAAUCCGAGUCGGAACACGAUAGUGGACCUGACCGGGACAAUGCUGACGAUCGUCACAGAAGAUCAGGGUCUCUGGACGAAGCGGCAGAAGACAGCAGUGACAAUGGAGGUAGUACGCCGAAGAAGAAAACGGCGAUUGAAGAACAAUGGGAAAGAUCAGGAGGAUUCGAACUCACGUCAGUGGAACAAGAAACAUAUGAGAAGUAUUUCUACGGAACUGAACACUGGAAUUACUUCACCAAUGACGAGGACCUCGGACCUGUUAUACUGUCUAUCAAGCAGGAGACGCUGAAUGGAAGAGAUCAGUUCAGGAUUCUGGUCCGGGCAAUAAGCUACACGGUCCACGGGUUGAUUCCUGCGUCAUGCGUGUUUGCGGACCGCUACAACCGUGAGGAGGUGGUGAGGUCACUGGGCAAAGAGGUCAACAUCAAUCCGCCGCUGAUGCUGGGUCAGCUACCAGAUACGCCAGAAGAACUCCUUAAACUUGACCAGGUAUUCAUAAAAUCGGAAUUGAAAGUUGGAGUAAUCUACGUAAAAGAAAACCAGUACACAGAAGAAGAAAUUCUGGACAAUAACGAAAACUCGCCGAUGUUUGAAGAGUUCUUGCAAGUUUUAGGAGAGAAAGUCAGACUUAAAGGUUUUGAUAAAUACAAAGGCGGCUUAGACACGGUCCAUGACCUGACUGGCUUAUACUCAGUGUACACAAAUUGGAGGGGGAUAGAAAUCAUGUUCCACGUGUCAACCCUAUUGCCUUACGAGAGGCACGACCCUCAGAAACUACAAAGGAAACGUCAUAUAGGCAACGAUAUAGUUUGUGUCGUUUUCUUGGAAGCCGAUAACACUGCGUUCUCUCCAGCCUGUAUCAAGAGCCACUUCUUGCAUACGUUCAUAUUAGUGCGAGUAUCAGCCAAGAUUAAACGCAGACCAACGCGAUACGAAGUUUCAGUGGUGACACGAGAUGAAGUGGGCGCCUACAAGCCUUAUUUGUGGGAGCAAAGCGUUUUCGAUAAGGGCCCUAUGUUCAGGGAAUGGUUGCUGACUAAAAUAGUGAACGGAGAAAGAGCUUCGUACUCCGCGCCCAAAUUCGCGAGAAUGCAAGAAAGAACGCGCAGUCAAAUGCUGGAAGACAUCGUUGCUAACUUGCAGAACCACGCUGAGACUGGACAAAUACCGAAACCUUACCGAAGAGGAUCAUGGCGACCCAUCGGUCACAUGCGACCGUCUUCUCCACUCCUGGACUCAGUACGAGACCAGUUCGAAGACUACGACCAACUGGCGAAGGACUUCACGAGGGUAUUCCUCAACAGUGAGCUGAACAUGGCACAGAACGCCCAACUAUUUGACGUGGUCUUCCUCGUGGGACAGUCGAAACAGAAGACCAAGUUUAUUGGUGUUAGAGCUAUACUUGGCGUGAGAAGCAGGGUAUUUCAAGAGAUGCUAUACGGUAUCCAGACGGGUUUCGGUUCCCCUCAAGUCCCGGUUGCUGAACUGUUGGCGCGGCCAGCACCUACACUUCUCUCUCCGACUCCUGCAAGGCAAAAAAGUAGUAACUUCUUGCAAGUUCCUGAUAUUGAAUCACCAAGGCCAAAAAGCGUUCCUAGUUCUCCAAUGGUGAAGCGCGCUUUCUCCAGAUUGGGUACCAUAACAGCGGGCUGGGGACGAUCAAUUCGCAAACAACACUCGCAACUUAACGCAGAAGAUAAAAAGAAAUGGGCGAGUUCCCAAGAUUGUUCCAAUAAAGAAGGAAAAGAUAAAGAAAAAGACAAAAACGCAGCUCUUGCUGUACCGAGACUAUCCGUUUGCGCUGACGCACAAAAAGUCGAUCGAGCUAAACUGGCGCAAACAGAGUUUUCAAUAAUCGAGUUCGAUCCUGAAACUUUCCGCAUCCUCCUGGACUACUUGCACACCGGCAGCUGCCCACUGACCUGCGCCUCUAUACCAGGCCUCAUUUGUGCUGCAGAGCAUUACGACCUGCCUGAAUUACUACAGGCGUGUUUCCAUCAUGCUAAACAAUUCCUUAGAAUAGAAGUGGUAUGCACGAUGCUCAUAUCAUUAGAAAAUUACUACUGGCGAUAUACGUCAGCCUCGGAGUUGGUAAACAUGAUCCUGGCCUUCAUCGAGCAGCGAGCGUACGCCCUGUUCCAGACUCCGGAGUUCCUCAACCUGUCCGAGUCCAUGGUGCAGAUGAUCAUGUGCCGGAACCUCGAAGUACCGGAGGUGAGGAAGUUCGAGGCGAUGCUCAGCUGGGCCCGGAACAAGAUCAAAGCCAAGUCCGCCAAUAAGACUGAUGCCAAAAAUGAAUUUAAAUGCACAAUGGAAAGAUUAGCUAGAGACCUGAAGCUGUAUAGGAUCUCACCGCAAGAGUUGAUAAAGGUGGUGCUCCCGUCGAAGGCAAUCAAGAACGAGCGGAUCCUGGAGACGCUGAUGUACCAGGCGAACUCGGGCAUGUACAGGAUUCAGGACAGCUACAUCGAGGCCUGCCAGCAGCGCCUGCAGAAACAGGAUUCGAGGUUCUCGGAGUUCGAAAGUUUCGACUACGGUAUAUAAACAUGGAGCUGUGAGAUAUAUCAGUGUAUUAGAUAGAUUAUGAAGAGUGACUGGGCUGGGUCCUUCUAUAAUGUGGUAUGUUGACGCCUUCUAAAAGUAUUAUUGUUAUAGAUGUACUCGAAUACUGUAGAGGUACGAGAAAUAUUUGUACACUUCUCGGAUACCUACUCCAUGUUAUUGUUCAUUGAUACCUAUAUUUUUUACAUCUAGCUAGAUGUGUUCAAUAUCAUAAUCAUCUCUAUUUUUGGUACCAAGAAUUACGAUUAAAGAUAUAAAAGCGUUCAUCAACUGGAAAUGAAAAAUUUUACAUGAAAAUAUAUUAUUUACAUCCAUGUUAUAGCACGUUUUAAAGAUUUUCCCUGUGUGAUCUCUCAUAGGAGAGCACAACAUGAUGUAAUUAUACCAUGUGUAGUAAAAAAUAUUGUAAAUGGAUAAAUAAUAUUUUCGAGUUGUUAUAACCACAUCAAUGAGAUAGUUUGACAUUCUACUAAUGACUGAAUCCAGGACCUGAACAUGUUCAACAUUGUACAGUACUAUACAAAACUUGAUAAAAUAUAUUAUACUAAUGUUCACAAAACAAUAAAUUUGUGCAAAUUGUACAAACAUUAUCACUUAACAAAGUUAUCCGUAGAAUAAAGUUCAAUAUAAUAAAUACGUUUGUGUGAAACUCGUUCUUGAGACCUCUUCAAAAGUUAUCAUAGAUAAUGCCUUCUGAUAUAUGUAUAGAAUGUUAUACCUACCUAUAUGUAUACUGUUGUUGUACGUACGAUUAAAGCAAAUAAAAUAUUGUCACCAAUUUAUGCUAAUUUUAGUUUAUACAGAAUAUAUUUUAGUAGUCGUAAAAUAUUUGGUUUAUUUUAUGAAAAAUGGGUGACAACCUUUUAUCCUUCGCACAAUUUUAUCCACAAGCAAAGCUUUAAUUUUAUUACUAAACUUAAGCUCAGUUCUAAAUUGUAUUCAUAGCUGUAUUGUAUCUUUAUUUACCUUGAAAGUGUACCCUUAUUAUAUGUAGAGAAAUUAAUCAAAUGUUAUAGGACAUUAAUUUGUCAGAGUGUAUGAUAUAUACUACAAAAUAAUACAAAUGCGUCACGAAUACCAUGUCUCCAUUACAUUUGGUCGUUUCGUUAGAAAUUCGCCCCUAUCUGUGUUCGAUGGAAUAAGUAAUGUAUAGAAAGUAUAUGUACCUAAAUGGUCUAAAAUAUUUCGUAUACUAGGUGUAAUAAUACGAUAAAUAUCGAUUACGUAACGCCUUUGUAAUCGGUAUAUUGUAUGUAGUAGAUAAUAUAGCAGGGUGUAUUACCUAGGUUUAGCUUGGAUUUGAUAGCCGAAUUUGGCCAACGACCAAGUGUAAAUGAAGCAUCACUAAUGAUUGUGUUUGUCUCGAAAUAUAUACUUGUAAUGAACUAUGCCAGUUCAUAUGAUAAUCGUGAUGCUCUGUGGAAAACUGAAUUGUGCAGUCUGUGCUUAGGAUAAGUUUAACUUAUGAUAACACAUACAGACUGCAUAGAUAUAGUUUAUACAACUAGAGUUAUCUAUCUUCUACUCAAACUCACCUAGGUAAGUGUAUCUACUUUGUGUUAAUUGUUAAAGUGAAGACUUCUGAACCAAAUGUUUUAGUAUUUUUACCCUUCUAUACUGUCUACUGUGGACGGAAUAUUGAGACCCAUUUCGCGUAAUCGUAUGUAAAUGUAUUUCGUUUAGCGCGUUUAAUACUAAUAUCUAUCUCGGGAACACAUUCCUGAACAAUAUUUAUGCUGCUGAGUCGGAACGAAUCACUUUUAAAUAAAUAUAGGCAGCCUAUAAUAACCCAUUGGUGUUAUAUAUUUAGAUCAUAAACAUUCGCUCGUUAUUUUUCGUUUCGCAUACAUUUUACUAUAUGUCUUCACUUAUUCUAUUUCCGUGCGAGUUCUUAUAGGUAUACAGUAAGAAUGGACAGUCUGGUUGGAGAUAGUCUCCCGAUUCUGUUCGGUCGUUUCAACAUGUUUACAAAUGUUAGUAUAAUCCCAGCCUUAGUGCCAAGUUCCAUUCAUGUGCGCACUCGUCGUCUAUAUUCUAAAUAUUGUAGUAAAUAUAUAUGAAAUGGGUCUUCUAAAUCUUAAUAAAUGGUCAUAUAAAAUAGGUGUUAAUAUAUAAAUAAAUAUUUAGCCUAAAUUCAAACGUUUCUGACGUUCUGGCGAAUGACAAGUAAACAAGUUGAAUUGUCGGUAAAAUUUUUAUACUUAUGAAAAUUAUACAUGAUGGGUAAAGUCUUCUAUUAAAUUAUCAAUAAUUUUAUAUCGUUUAGUUGUAACUUUGCUCAAAGCUUCUAUGAAUGGUUCGCCGAUAUAUAAUAUUCCGUGGAUGUCUUAAGUCGUAUGCAUGACUACCCAAUGUCUUAUGAGUUGAACAUAAUAAUAUAAUACUCAAUGUAUGUAUGUAUAGAUUUAUUUUGUAGGAACACCAAAUAUUGACGUGUCAAGUUCUUCAAUGGUUAAAUAAGUUUUCUAUUCCAAAAUUUUAACCUUCCUGUGAUCGUGAAUGUUGCUAUAAGUAUGUUAUUAUGUGGGAUCUUCAAAGAAUAUAAAAAUUAUAAUUAAGUAUAACUGUUAUUUUGCAAGAGCAAAGCAAGAUUAUUAUCCAAUGAAAAUUUAUGUGGUGAAUAAAUUUUUUUGUGUAUUUUA